AUGGGCAUCCAGAGUUGUGAGCCUUGGCAGCAGACGGAAAAGGCGUCAGCUUUUGUGGUGCUGGCUGCCAUCGGCCGUGUCUCUUCUUUGCACGGGGCCGGUGCCAAAGUGGCUACGAAUGCCAGUAUUGUCAUCUAUCACACGAAGACCGGCCCAUUGCCCUGGUUAUCCCUCCUUGUCCCACACCUGGUUCGAAUGGCUGACGAGAAAGGCCUUUCUGACACCACGCAGGAAGUACUUCAGUUCGCUUCCCAUCAGCUGAUCUGCGCUGGCAAUCCUGAGCCAGUUGCUGGGAAGUUCGAGCGGAAGCUUCGAAAGGCCUUCCGCAGGAUGAGCUUCGCUGGGCUGCUGGGCUUGCUCCGGCAGACGUUAUCCGAAGGCGAGGCUGCGGACCUCCUCGUGGCAGUGGAGGCGGCACGGACGGCCCUCGCCAGGAAGCUCUCGUUCUGUAUCUGA